ACCGCGCGCGCGCACGCGAAGUAAAACGAACCUCGAAGCGAGGACAGCUCCCCCAAAGCGGAAGCCGAAAUGGCGGCGGCGCGGGCGUACCUGGCGGCGACGCGCGCGGCGCUGGCGGCGCUGGAGCGGAACCUCCUCCCCGACGCGGUCACCAGGCGCCUGACGCGGCUGCUGCUCGCGCAGCGCCUCCGGCUCGGCUACCUCCCCUCCGCGCCGCUCCAGCUCCACCACCUCCUCCUCUUCGCCCACGCUCUAGAGGAGAUGCCCAUUGCAAUCGAGACGGAUAAAGCUAAAGACCAGCACUACGAGUUGCCGACGACAUUUUUCAAGCUGGUUCUUGGGAGAAAUCUCAAGUACAGUUCAUGUUACUUCCCUGACGAAACGAGCACCCUUGAAGAUGCUGAGGUUGCAAUGUUGGAAUUAUAUUGUGAGAGGGCACAGUUACAGGAUGGCCAAACCAUUCUCGAUGUCGGAUGUGGUUGGGGAUCCCUCUCUCUGUACAUAGCGAAGAAAUAUAGGAAGUGUAGUAUAACAGGGAUUUGCAACUCAACAACACAAAAGACUUUUAUAGAAGAGCAGUGUAGGGAAAAUGAGCUAUCUAAUGUCGAGAUAAUUGUGGCAGACAUCAGCAAGUUUGAGAUGGAGCGGUCUUUUGACAGGAUCAUUUCCAUAGAAAUGUUUGAGCACAUGAAAAACUACAAGGCACUUCUUAAGAAGAUAUCUAGAUGGAUGAAAGAGGACAGCUUAUUGUUUGUUCACUACUUCUGCCACAAGACAUUUGCAUAUCACUUCGAGGACAACAAUGAAGAUGAUUGGAUAACAAGGUAUUUCUUCACUGGAGGAACAAUGCCAUCGGCAAACCUCCUCCUUUACUUUCAGGAUGAUGUAUCUAUUGCCAAUCAUUGGCUUGUCAGUGGCACACAUUAUGCUAGAACUAGUGAGGAGUGGCUGAAACGUAUGGACAACAGCAUCGCCUCCAUAAGGCCAAUCUUCGAGAAAACUUACGGGAAGGAAUCAGCGACCAAAUGGAUAGCCUAUUGGCGAACAUUCUUCAUCUCAGUCGCUGAGCUGUUUGGCUACAACAACGGAGAUGAGUGGAUGGUUGCACAUUUCUUGUUCCAGAAGAAGUAGAAGCAGCAUCCAUCCCAAAAGUUUUUUUCUUUUUUGGCCCUCCCUUGAUGAUUCAGGAUUCUUGCUUCCCAUGUAACUCUAUGAGCACUUCGUUUUCUUGCGUUCAAUUGUAUCCAAUAAAGUAGUGAGAUGCUUUGCUGUGUGCUCUUCUGAUAAAGCAAUGAACCAUGAUUCGUUUCUUCUCACUGCUAGAUGUUGUUCCUGGGGAUCUUUGUGACGUUAUGGAUGCUAUCAUGUCGUUCCGACACCUUGGAAGAUGAUUGUAGACUCCACAA